AUGCUAGGUGGUUGUGGGAAAUACUCCAGCCGGCCGCCACUGGAGAGCAGCUGCUUGCCCGUGUCAGUCAGCAGCUCUGGGGCCUGGUUCUCACUGGCGGGCCCCCAUUAUAUUUCCCCCACCCUGCGUGCGUCCGCGCCACGUGCUCCUCCGCAGCUAUUCCCGCCAGCCCCACACGUUGCGCCCCUGCGUCCCUGUCACGUGCUCCUCCGCGCUGCACGUGCUGUAACACGUGCCCCUCCACGCUCCACGUGCCCCGUCACUGUGCCCAUCACGUGCCCCACAGCCGGCCCAGCCCCCCGCCACGUGCCCCGCCACGUGCCCCGCCACGUGCCCCGCCACGUGCCCCGCCACGUGCCCCACGGCCGGCCCAGCCCCCAGCUCCAUCAGGCUCGUCCCGCCACGUGCUCCCUGGGGCCCGCCCUCCGCCGCCGGUUUCUGACGCUCCAGCGCCGUUGGCAGCGGUUGGAGCGACGCGAUGAGCGCCUCCUCGAGGCCGGUGGACGGAAUGCCGCCAGUGGAAGGCGCCGCCCCGGUAUACAGGGGCUGCUGGGCCUGGGGCUUCUGCGUGGGGCGCCGCGGGGUGAGGCUGCGGGCUCGCCCCGGCCGGGCACACACCAAGCCGCCUGGGAAUGGGGGGCAGCGCCGGCAUCCCGGGAGCCGCGGAAGGGGGCGUCGUCCCCAGCCAGGGGAAGCGCGGGCCCGAGGCCGACAGGGUCCGGCGCGGCCGGAGCGGGGCCCGGGGCUCUGAGGCCUCGCGUCUGUGUCCCCCAGUCCCCCUACCAGAGGCUGAGUCACCGGAUGCUGGACGUCUCCGGGGACCGCGGCGUGCUGAAGGACGUCCUCCGGGAAGGCUCCGGGGGCCUGGUGACGCCCGACGCUUCCGUCUUAGGUGGGCCGGGCCUGGGUGCGAGUCCUCCGCGCAGCAGCGGAGCAGCGGGAGGCGGCCCGGACGCCGGGCGCUGCGGUUACCUUGCGGGGAGGGAAGCCGCUGUGAACGAUAACACUCAAAGCCUGCCAGCCAAGCUCUUGAACGUGAAGGCCGAAGGGCAGGCAUCCAGAAACGCUGAGAAGGGGUGUGGGUAUCCUUGGUCUGUUUUCUUCACAUUGAAUCUGUCCUCUGUUCUAGUGAAAUACUCUGGAUAUCUGGAGCACAUGGACAAACCCUUUGAUUCUAAUUGCUUUAGGAAAACUCCUCGCCUCAUGAAACUAGGAGAGGAUAUUACGCUGUGGGGCAUGGAGCUGGGUCUUCUGAGCAUGCGGAAAGGAGAGCUGGCCAGGUUUCUGUUCAAACCAACCUAUGCCUAUGGAACACUGGGCUGCCCUCCCUUGAUUCCUCCAAACACCACUGUCCUAUUUGAGAUCGAGUUGCUUGACUUCCUAGACUCUGCCGAGUCAGACAAGUUCUGCGCUCUCUCAGCUGAGCAACAAGACCAAUUUCCACUUCAGAAGGUCCUAAAGGUGGCAGCUACCGAACGAGAGUUUGGCAACUACCUUUUCCGCCAGAAUCGUUUCUGUGAUGCGAAAGUGAGAUAUAAACGGGCCUUGUUGCUCCUCCACCGGCGAUCAGCAGCCCUUGAAGAGCAGCACCUGGUAGAGGCCGCCAAGCUUCUUGUUCUCCUUAACCUGUCCUUUACAUACCUGAAGCUGGAGCGACCCACCAUGGCCCUGCGCUAUGGAGAGCAGGCCCUGAUCAUUGAUGAAAAGAAUGCCAAGGCCCUCUUCAGGUGUGGACAGGCUUGUCUCCGCAUGACUGAGUAUCAGAAGGCCCGGGAUUUUCUAGUCCGUGCUCAGAAGGAACAGCCCUUCAAUCAUGACAUCAAUAACGAGCUGAAGAAACUGGCCAGCUAUUACAGGGACUACGUGGAUAAAGAGAGAGAAAUGUGCCACCGAAUGUUUGCCCCUGGCGAUAAUGACUCGACAGAAGGAGACGAUGGAAAGUCCUUCAGCUAACGACAGGCAAGAGAAGUGAAGCUGCCAGAGCCUUCCAUGUUAGGGGGGCUUUGGGAGAGAAUGCCCCAGGGCGAGCAAGCUCUGUUGCAGGGACAUCCUUGGAAGAGGGGCCGGAAUUUCCCAGCCUGACCGUUGCCUCAUCUCUGACUCCGUGACGAUGAUGCUGCUGAAGUUUGUUUUCACAGGGGCUGUUUUCUGUUUCACAUUUUCAUACUUGAGACUAGAGUAGGGGAGAGUGUAGCUACUGAGUAGACAAUUGAUAUUUUUUAAAGGCAGUUUCU